AUGAGUCACUCAACCUGUUAUCCGCAAUCCUUAUUCCGGGAUACACUAUUCCGGGAUGUAUUAUUUCGGCAUACAGGUGAGCGUGGAGUGACCCUUUCUGGCGGUCAAAAGGCUCGAGUGAGUUUAGCGCGCGCGGUUUACUCUGAUGCCGAUAUCAUUCUCAUGGACGAUCCACUGUCAGCCCUGGACGUACAUACCGGUUCACAG